AUGUCUCCAUUCAGAAUUGUGUACGGAAAAGCUUGCCAUCUACCAAUGGAGAUUGAGCAUAGGGCAUAUUGGGCAGUUAAAGCAUGCAACUUCGAUACCAGCACUUCUGGAGAGGAAAGGAAAUUGCAACUUCAAAAAUUUGAGGAGAUUAGACUGGAAGCCUAUGAGAAUUCACGGAUUUACAAGGAAAAGACUAAGAACUUUCAUGACAAGCACAUUGUGGUAAAAGAAUUCAAAAUUAGUGAUAAAGUGCUUUUGUACAAGUCACGCCUGAAAUUGAUUAAGGGUAAGUUGAGAUCCAGAUGGGAGGGACCUUUUUGUGUUACUAAUAUUUUUCCCUAUGGUGUGGUUGAGAUACAGGAAGUUGUUACUGGUCAAACGUUCAAAGUAAAUGGUCACCGACUCAAGAAAUUUCAUGAGGGAGUGAAUGUGCUAGAGGUGGAAAGAUUGGACCAUAUUGACGCCAUUUACCCAACUUGA